GCCUGGGGCAAGGCCACCCCCACGUCCCGCCGCCGCCGCCGCAGCAGCACCGGCAGCGCCAGGCCCACGUGGCACUGAGUGCCCGGCCCCGGGCAGCGCUGGCUGGAGGCUCGCAGCGGAACCGGGGCUGUCUCUGCAGGGCAGAGGCGAGGCACAGCCCCACCCCAGGCCCUUCUGACUAGGAGUAACAAACCAUGAAUCCUCAUCUGUGGAGAUUCCACCGCUACAGGAAUUUGUUUGAGAGGAAUAGCUGACCUUCUACUCUGCCCCCCAGACUCGUGAUUAGCAUUAUGGCUGCACGCUGGACAUACAGCACUAACAUAAAAGAUAAAAUGUUUGUGCUGAGCAGCGCUGCUGGCCUGAGGAGUGACACGCACGUGCAAGAGCUGUUCCACGAGGAAGCACAACAGGUAUCUCAAACGCAGACCAAACCCUGGUGGAAGAUACAGCUAUUUGUCUGGGAGCCAGUGCUCUUUGGAACCUGGGAUGGCGUUUUUACUUCUUGCAUGAUCAACAUUUUUGGAGUGGUUCUUUUUCUGAGGACUGGAUGGUUAGUGGGAAACACCGGCAUUUUAAUGGGCAUGUUUCUGGUGUCCUUUGUUGUCGUGGUUGCCCUGGUAACUGUCUUAUCUGGAAUUGGGGUUUGUGAGCGGUGUAGCAUCGGAAGUGGAGGAGUCUAUUCCAUGAUUUCUACUGUCCUCGGUGGUCAAGUUGGAGGGACCAUUGGCCUCCUUUACAUUUUUGGUCAGUGUGUUGCAGGUGCUAUGUACAUCACCGGGUUUGCAGAAUCCAUCUCCGACUUACUGGGUUUCAGUAGCACUUGGGCAGUCAGAGGAAUUUCACUGGCAGUCUUACUAGGUCUGCUUGGAAUUAACCUGGCUGGUGUUAAAUGGAUAAUCCGUCUCCAACUCUUACUGCUCUUCCUGCUGGCUGUUUCUACGCUGGACUUUGUCAUUGGAUCAUUCACGCACCUAGAUCCAGAACAUGGCUUUGUUGGAUAUUCGAAAGAACUUAUGUUUAACAACACGCUACCAGACUACAGUACGGGGGAGUCCUUCUUCACUGUUUUUGGAGUGUUUUUCCCAGCUGCUACAGGUGUGAUGGCUGGGUUUAAUAUGAGUGGAGAUCUCCAGAAGCCUGCGGCCAGCAUCCCACUCGGGUCUCUGGCAGCUAUCGGCAUUUCGUGGUUUCUAUAUAUAGUCUUUGUUUUCCUGCUGGGAGCCAUUUGUACCCGGGAGUCACUCCGCUAUGACUUUCUGAUAGCAGAAAAGGUGUCCUUGGUGGGUUUCUUGUUUUUAUUAGGAUUGUACAUUUCCUCCUUAGCUUCCUGCAUGGGAGGUUUGUAUGGAGCACCCCGAAUCCUUCAGUGCAUUGCCCAGGAAAAAGUGAUACCGACCCUUGCCUUUCUUGGACAUGGGAAAGGGCGUAACAAGACCCCAGUGGCUGCGAUUUGCUUAACGAGUCUCAUCACCAUGGCUUUCGUCUUCGUUGGCCAAGUGAACGUCCUUGCUCCUAUAGUCACCAUAAACUUCAUGCUGACGUACAUUGCUGUGGACUACUCUUAUUUCUCAGUCUCUAUGAGUUAUAUCCUACAGCAGAAACCCAAAAGGACACAGAGGGAGGAAUCUAGGGUUGUCAACUCUGCCCAGCCUUUAACCUUUGAGAAAACUUCCCGUUAUGGAUCAGAUGGAAUAAUUCAAAGCAGAUCAGAUGGCACCUUGUUAGAAUUCACAAAAGACAUGGACCAGCUUUUUAAGCCUCUCAAUAAAGAUCCAGGGACUCGUAAAGAGGAAGACAAGAAUUUAAACCAAAAGGUCAAACAGAGAAAGAUAAAGAAGCCAGCCAAGCAAACAUUACAAGACAGCUUUCUCUUGGAUCUUGAUCAUAAUAUCACCCCUGCCCCUUACUGUUGCACCAAAACAUCAGAGCCUAGUGAUGAAAGUCUGCAGAGUUUUGCUGAACAGAGUCAUCAGAGUGAAAGAAAUCUGUGUUUAUCAUCAGCUGUGGACACUGAGCAAAAACGUGACCAUGAGCUAAUGGAAUAUGGAGAACAACUUUUUAAUGAGCUGCAGAAUCCUCCCAAUCAGAAAGUGGAAGAUACAAAUGUAAAGCAACAAAAUCAAGAACUAGAAAUUCAGAGAAUGCCGGUUUCCUUCUACGCCAGAUUCUGCAAUCACUGGGUUUCCCUUGUUGGUGCAAUCGGAUCGCUUGUAAUCAUGUUUGUCAUUCAGUGGAUCUACACUCUCAUUAAUUUGAGCAUCGCAAUUAUUCUAUAUUUCUACAUUGGCCAAAUGAGUCCUGGACUGCCCCCCGGGGCAGCAGCUAACUUCAGGUUUCUCAGCUGGAUUAGGUUAGGUUUGGUCAGCUCAUGCAGGAGAAGGCCAUCCCCAGAGGAGCAAAUUGUUGUUACACCGUCCUUUGCAACAGUUGGCAUGGAGACCACUCAGCUCACCGAAGAGAAUGCAGAUUUUGCCUCUCGAGACCGCUACCACCAUUCCUCUGUUAUCAGAAGAGAAGAAUUUGUCAAUCAGUUUCAGUAAAAAACAAAAACAAAAACGGAUCCGGCUGUUCACUCCAGCAGUCGCUUAACACUAAUCGCUGCUGUGGCACCUGGUAAAAAUACUUGAACAAUGUGACUAUAUUUUUUUAAUGCUUCCACUGUUUGGGGUUAAGUCUUUUUAUAUUAUUUUUUUACAAAGGACAAAGUUUGCAAUUUUAACCAUAUCCUCUCCAGUUGAGCAAAACAAAUUAAAGGACUGUAGUAUAGUGAUCAGUAACUGAGGACAAUAGCAUUAGAAAUCUAAAGAAUUCAAAUACUGUACACACCAAAUGCUACUGAUUUGGUGCAAACUAGUCACUUUACCUCUUUAUGCCCCAGUUUUCCUGCCUGUAAAAUAAUAUUUUUCUACCUCACAGGGGUGAUGUGAGUUUUAAUUAAUUGGUGCUCAUAAAGUGCUUUAAGGCAUUUAGAUGAAAGGCCGAAAUGAUGAAGGCGAGAGGAUUAUGAAGUGCGUUCAGAUGUUCAAAAUUGGAAUCAAAUCCGUUCAUUUAAAUUUAUGAGCUCUUCUGUAUCACGAUGAACUCUUCUGUAUCAUCAUACUGUGAAAUUAUGUUUUAUCAGCACUAAAUAGCUAUUUUCAACAUCACUUCAGAAAUGAGGAUUGGGAGAAGUUGAAUCUUGAAACACAGGCGAUAAUCUGAGGACCCUCUUCCUGAAGGUCUACUGUGUUUCCAAAUACGACAUGUCCCAGUUAAAAUAAUGAUUUAUAUAAAUGAUUAAAAAGUACCUGUUAGGAUAUAUGUGGCAACACGCUUACUUCAAUCGGAAGAAGAAAUGUAUCACUUGUAUUUAGUCCUCUAGAUAGGAAGCACCUCAGCAGGUGCUUUGCCUGCAUUCUGAAAUGAAGGAUUAGGCCUCAGGAGUAUGUAGUAAACUAGUAGUGAGCACUGCAAAAUAAGUCUGGGCAUUUAAAAUGUAUAAAAAAGGGGAGUGAUAAUUAAUUUCCUUUAAUCUUUGAGUCUUUCAAUUUUUUAUUGUUCAGUGCGAUAAUAACCAGAUCUCUGCAUCUGCUACAGAAAAAGCUCUGAAAUCCUGCUAGCGUUGGGACCAAUGCUACUAGAAGGGGCUGAAAGGCCCUUGACUCCCACUGAACUUGGUGGGAGCUGAAGGCAUUCACCAGCACCUCACAGGGUCAGCCCAUUUGAGUGCUGUUUCUACCAUGUGAUACUUUCCUGCAGGUGGAAGGAAACCAGCUUUACCAAUGAAAUCAUGAAUAAAGUUAUUCUGGGAUGCUACUGAAAGUUUGCUCCGCAUUUUAAUUUUCUGUUU